UCGCGCCUAGCUGCCAACUAAGGCUAAAUGCUCCUCUCUGAAGGUACCUCUACAUGAUCUACAAUGGAAAAACUGCUCUGCAGCCUGCUGGUGAUUGGAAUGGCAAUGGCGGUCUAUGCUUGUCCCAAAUACUGCGUGUGUCAAAACCUGUCCGAGUCACUGGGAACCCUCUGCCCCUCCAAGGGCCUUUUGUUUGUCCCACCAAACAUUGAUCGACGAACAGUUGAGCUACGGCUGGGGGGCAAUUUCAUUUUUGCCGUCAACCGGCACGACUUUGCCAAUAUGAGUGGCCUUGUUGAUCUGACUUUGUCCAGGAAUACCAUUGACUACAUCCAGCCCUUUUCGUUUAUAGACCUAGAAAGCCUUCGGUCGUUGCAUCUGGAUGCCAACAGAUUGACAGAGAUCGGCGGUAACGUCUUUCGGGGCCUGUUAAACUUGCAGCACUUGAGCUUAAACAACAAUCAGCUUAACAGAGUGGCAGAAGGAGCACUUGACGAUUUCUUGCUGACUUUAGAAGACUUGGACUUUUCCUAUAACAACCUGGUGAGUCUUCCUUGGGAAGCGCUGAGCAAGAUGGCAAACCUGCACACGCUCAGCUUGGAUCACAAUCUCAUCGAUUACAUACCCGAGGGAACCUUCACCGACCUGCAGAAACUGGCCAGAUUGGACCUCAUCUCCAACAGGCUACAGAAGCUUCCGCCCGACCCCAUCUUUGCAAGGUCUGAGAUGCUGCUCAUGUCCACGACUCCGUACUUCCCGCCAUUAACGCUGAGUCUUGGGGGCAACCCACUCCAUUGCAACUGCGAGCUGCUCUGGCUGCGGCGCCUGAGCCGGGAGGAUGACAUGGAAACCUGUGCCUCGCCAGCUCACCUCAAAGGAAGGUACUUCUGGUACAUCUCAGAGGAAGAGUUUGUGUGCGAGCAGCCGCUAAUCACUCAACACAGCCUCAAGGUUCUUGUCCUGGAAGGGCAAACGGCCACACUGCGAUGUAAAGCUAUUGGGGAUCCGAAGCCCAUCAUCCACUGGGUGGCCCCUGACAACAGGCUUCUGGCCAAUUCCUCGAGGACCAUCAUCUAUGACAAUGGCACCUUGGACAUCCUCAUCACCACCUCGAAGGACUACGGCACCUUCACCUGCAUUGCAGCCAACGCGGCCGGCGAGUCAACAGCCUCGGUCGAGCUGUCCAUCGUCCAGCUCCCUCACCUCAGUAACGGCACGGGCCGGGGUCUGCAGCCUGACUCUCGGCUGUCCGACAUCACCAGCUCCACCAAGUCUCACCGGGGGGAAACGAAGGCCACGCUGGAGAAGAAGGUCACAGUAUCCCAGGUGACAGCCAGCACCGCCUUGGUCAAGUGGUCAGUGGGCAGGUCUGCACCGAAGGUUAAAAUGUAUCAGCUUCAGUACAACAGCUCAUCUGAUGAAGUAUUAGUUUACAGGAUGAUCCCUGCUUCAAAUAAAGCCUUCGUCGUGAAGAACCUGGUGUCCGGAGCUGGCUAUGACCUUUGUGUCCUGGCGAUAUGGGAUGACACAGCCACCACUCUCACAGCCACCAACGUGGUGGGAUGCAUCCAAUUCAUGACUAGAGAGGAUUACAAUCAGUGUAAAUCCUUCCACAGCCACUUUUUAGGCGGGACCAUGAUCCUGGUGAUCGGGGGCAUUAUUGUCGCCUCGCUGCUGGUCUUCAUCGUCACCCUGAUGCUCAAGUACAAGUUUUGCAAUGGCCAGGAGAAGAUGGCAACUGUCAGUGACGAGUGCUCGCAGACGACAGCGGCGUUCCCCAUUCACAAUGGCAUCCUGCCACAGUUCAACCCCAAGGCGGAGGGACGGGGCGAGCUGUUGGAGUUCAACUGCGGCUCCAUCCACAGCAGCCUUUCCUCAUCCUCGGGCUCGAGCCAGGACUGCUACAGUCUCCACAGUGACAGCAGCACCCUCUCCCGGAAGUGGCGAUCCACAUCCAGGUCCAGGCACAACAUUGACCGCCUUAUGGGGGCCUUCGCCUCCCUCGACCUGAGGUGCCAGCGCAAGGAGGAGGAUUACAACUCCAAAGCGUCCACCUUGGCUCAGUACUCGGACAAGGAGCCCCUGCUGGGCCGCAGCGAGUCCCGGCUCAAUAAGCUCCUCACGCUGCCCAUGGAAGGGAAGACUCGGCGCAGCCACUCGUUCGACAUGGGUGACUUCGCCUCCACCCAGUGCUACAGCUACCCCAAAAGGAUCACCAACAUUUGGACUAAGAGGAGCCUGUCGGUCAACGGCGUGCUCGUCCAGUACGACGAGGACGACCUUGAGAUUACCAAAGGGGUGUAUUCCAGCUCGGACUGGGUGAUGGAGAGCACGGUUUAA